GGAAAUGCAUGGUGCCCCAUGGUGGCACUGUGGGGAAAAGGUAGAGUAACAAACUUAGAAAAGGUGAAAGGUUGUGGGAAUGUGUCAAUUUGCUGGUCGCCGGUUGGCAAAGUGGUAUCUCGUCUCUUACUUUGAACUUUGACAGAAGCCCGGUGUAUUACACCCGAGGUCGGUGUAGCUAGAUCGAUAUCUUAAUUUAAUAAGCGGACAUGGCCAAGAAACGAAGAGAAAGACGAGAGGCCGAUAGUGUUUCGUCAGUAACGUUACACGAGGAACCGAAGACAACAUUUAACGAGGCACAAACCCUCAAAGAGACUCAAUACACUGGAGGGGGCUCAGCUCGCAUGUCUCUCCUCAUCCUGCUGUCUGUCUUCACCUGCGCUGCUUCUGUCAUGUACCUAGUGUACAGGAAUUUCCCAGAGCUCAACGAUGAUGAGAUGGCUACUAUUAAAAUCCCCAAAGAUAUGGAUGAUGCCAAAGCCUUGGGCACUGUACUUUCCAAAUAUAAGGACACCUACUACACCCAAGUGUUAGUAGCCUACUUUACCACCUAUAUCUUCCUCCAGACAUUUGCGAUCCCUGGAUCCAUCUUCCUCAGUAUCCUGUCUGGUUAUCUCUACCCCUUCCCCCUGGCUCUUUUCCUCGUCUGCCUGUGCUCUGGCCUGGGGGCUUCCUUCUGCUACAUGCUGUCUUAUCUAGUGGGGCGACCAGUGGUAUACAGAUACCUGACAGAGAGAGUCCAGAAAUGGUCCCAGCAGGUUGACAAGCACAGAGAUCAUCUCAUCAAUUACAUCAUAUUUCUGAGGAUCACUCCCUUUCUCCCCAACUGGUUCAUCAACAUCACCUCACCCAUCAUCAAUGUGCCUUUGGGGGUCUUCUUCCUUGGUACAUUCUUUGGAGUGGCCCCACCGUCCUUCGUGGCGAUCAACGCUGGUACAACACUGUACAAACUGACGACAGCUGGAGAGGCAGUGUCCUGGAACUCUCUGAUUGUGCUAGGUGUCCUGGCUGUACUCUCUAUCCUGCCUGUCUGCUUCCAGAAGAAACUGCAGCAGAAGAUGGAGUAGGCCCGAGACAACUCAUCUGCCUGCCUGAUCCCCCAGCCCAUCCCUUGGCUCAGGAAUGGUACACCCCGCUGUCACUCACAUAGUCCUGCCUAUUGCUGUCCCACACACCUGCUGAGGUUGCUGUGGAAACAUUGCUGUUGGCCCAACCCUGACUCCUGUGUCCAAAACAUGUGGUGGUGGCCACCUCAACUUUGUGCUCUACAAAGGACUAACUGGCCUCUGCUCAUCCUCGGGUUUGUUCUCCCAUUUUUGUUAAAUGUUGCUUGCCUGUAAAACGAUUUAAGGAAGGAUACAGAAAACAUCAGGCAUCUGUCUUUAAUAUUGAUUUAAUCACAAUUGUUCUCACAAGUUCAAGCUACACUUCCCUCCUUUGUAUUUCUUGAACCAUGUUUUGAAUUUAUUUAAUCUCUUAACCUGUGUGAUAUGGGUGACAUCAAAGCAAUACUGAUCAGAGUCGCAGUUUAGUGUUUUUGAUUUUCACUAAAUUUUAGGACUAUUGUUAUGACUGUUUUAUACACUGGUUAGAAUGUGAGCAUAUUAAAUAAUUUAGAAUGUUCUAUCAUUUGAAGAUAUUGUUAACACACCACCCUAAAAUUAUCUGUGUGCCAUCAAUGUUGACAUGAAAAAUAUGCAUAUGAACACAUAGUAAGAUAAAUAUGAAACUCUUGAUGCUUUUGUUGAGCCUAUCAGUAAACAUAUGAAACGGCAUAUCAAGUAUUGAAAACUAGUGUUUUGUAUAAUAUUAUUUUAUAUUUGUUCUACUAAUGGUGCUGAGACUCCCUCUCUGCCUGUGUGCUCUCCCUUGUGUGUCACCAGUCCAAAUGUUCUGCCAGUUGAGAAAUGCAGUAGUGGAUGACCCAGCAGUGCCCUUUGCAAAGCUACCAAUUAGAUUUUUGGUUGUUCAUGCUUUUCCCAGGUGUUAGUGAUUUCACACUGCUACUUCAUGUACAGUGCCUUCAGAAAGUAGUCAUACCCCUUGACUUUUUCAUAAUUUUGUUGUUACAAAGUGGGAUUCAAAUUGAUUUAAUUGCAAUAUUUUUGUCAAUGAUCUACACAAAAUACUCUGUCAAAGUGGAAGAAAAAUUCUAACAUUUGUAAAAAAUAAAACACUAAUAUACGCUACAUGACCAAAAGUGACCAAAAGUAUGUGGUAUCAGUAUGCUCGUCGAAGAUCUCAUUCCAAAAUCAUGGGCGUUAAUAUAGAGUUGGUCCCCCCAUUGCUGCAGUCGGUGUUCCAAUUAAUCUCAAAGGUGGUUAAUGGGGUUGAGGUCAGGGCUCUGUGCAGGCCAGUCAAGUUCUUCAACACCGAUCGCGACAAAUCAUUUCUGUAUGGACCUCGCUUUGUGCACAGGGGCAUUGUCAUGCUGAAACAAGAAAGGACUUUCCCAACACUGUUGCCACAAAGUUGGAAGCAUAGAAUCGUCUAGAAUGUCAUUGUAUGCUGUAGUGUUAAGAUUUCCCUUCACUGGAACUAAGGGACCAAGCCCAAACCAUGGAAAACAGACCCAGACCAUUAUUCCUCCUCCACCAAACGCACAGUUGCAUUGGGGCAGGUAACGUUCUCCUGGCAUCCGCCAAACCCAUCUGUCGAACUGUCAGAUAUUGAUGCGUGAUUGAUCACUUCAGAGUAUGCUUUUCCAGUGCUCCAGACUCCAAGCGGAGAGAUUUAAGUGAAAACUGUAACUAGGCCACUCAGAAACAUUAAAUGUUGUCUUGGUUAGCAACUCCAGUGUAUAUUUGGCCUUGUGUUUUAGGUUAUUGUCCUGCUGAAAGGUGAAUUUGUCUCACAGUGUCUGUUGGAAAACAGACUGAACAAGGUUUUCCUAUAGGAUUUUACCUAUGCUUUGCUCUAUUCUGUUUCUUUUGAUCAUAAACUCCCUAGUCCUUGCUAAUGACAAUCAUACACAUAACAUGAUGCAGCCACCCCCAUGCUAGAAAAUAUGAAGUGGCACUCAGCGAUGAUGUUUGGAUUUGUCCCAAACAUAAUGCUUUUUUAUCCAGAACAUAACGUUAAUUUCUUUUCCACAUUUUUUUGUAUUUUUACGUUCGUGCCUUAUUGCAAACAGGAUACAUGUUUUAGAAUAUUUUAUUCUGUAUAGGUUUCCCUCUUUUCACUCUGUCAAUUAGGUUAGUAUUGUGGAGUAACUACAAUGUUGUUGAUCCAUCUCAGUUUUCUCUUAUCAUAGCCAUUAAACUCAUUGUGAAAUC